UCGUCGUUGAGUGUUGGUGAACGUGUCGCGUGUACGCGUUUGCGAGAAAUUCAGUGAAGCAAAGUUUAGUUUAUUUUAAUAAAAAAAUAGUGUAUAGAAAAUAUUGCCAAAAAAAGAAACUAUACCAACUGUAUAUACAUUUAGAUUCACACGAAUAUACUCAAAAAUAAUUUGUAAGUGCGAAUAUAAUACGAAAAUGUUCGUAUAAUUGCAAUUUCGUAACCUAGCCGCAAAUAGUUCUCGAUCGUUGGCUAGUUGUAUGUAUGUAGUGGGCAAAGCUUUCACAUUGUAGAAAACUAUAAUUACUUUGCAAUAAUUCAGUGGAUCACUUUUAAAUUAUGCUAAAAUACAAGUAGAUAAGAUGUCAAAUAUUGACCAUAAUUGAAGUUACUUAAUACGCUAAAAGGCAGCGAAGACGAAAAAUACACCGAAUAGCAGCAGCUGCAGUCGUGGGAGCAAUUUGAUACCAUAAACGUCAGACUACUCGUAAAGGAAUAGCGGUGUGAAAGUGUAAAAUGUAGUUGGGUUAGAGAAAAAGUAAAAUAAAUAGCCAGAAAAACAGCGAAUAAAGGUUUUCGGAUGCUUCACAGACCAAUUUUGGCACAACAUCAGACGCCGUCGCGCCGCCCAAGUUUCGAGAAAGUGUAGCACAUCAAGGCAGAGCAGCCCCAUUUUCGUAAAGUGAUGAAAAUUGUGGACAGGCCAGCAAUGUUUGUUCUACUUCUUGGGUUUCAAAUUUAGUGUUAAAAACGUGAACAGUUAAUCAAACUGUAAAUAAAAUAAUUGUAUUGGAUAAAUUUAGUAUUUUAAUGGAAAAAAUAUCUUAAACGCACUAGCAAAACUUAACUACACAGGAUAAAACGACAUAAAUAGAGGUUUAAAAAUUUGAAUCGCAAGCUUAAGUUGUAUAAGCAAACUUAAGAGCAAAAUUAAAAAAUUAUUAAUUACCAGUUAUGAAAAACUCCAACCAAGUUGAGAAAUAAAAUUUAAAAAUAAAAAAGAAAUGCGAACAAAAAACAGAGCGAAACUAUAAAAUCAAAAGGAGGCGCCGAUAGCAUCAAAAAAUAAAUAAAAAAAUAAAACUCGUAAAUAAUACGAAUGACGCGUGAAACUGUUGCUGCAGCAGCGUUACAAAUCGACGGACAUACAACGACAGCUGACAGCAACACAUGUCUGAGUAGACAGGCAACAACAACAACAACAGCUAAAACAGCAACACCAAUUGCCCCAGCUUUGGCAGUGAGGACGAAACGUGAAAAUCGCUUGCGAGGACAUUUGUCGAAAUUGAAUUCGACAACGGCUACAAUAACAAAAGCAACCACAAAUUGUUACAACUCGUUACGAACGCGAUACGGCGCGUCCAACAACAUUUUUGAAAACAAUAACGACGACGACGAGUAGACGCGGCGAUUUUAUUGUAUUGCAUUAAGAUUGCAAAGAAUUUUUGCAUUGCAUUGGGUUAGCGAAUACAAAUGAAAACGUCGCUUGUGAACGCGUCCGAUUUCGACUACUCCAGUCGCCCCGUACAGUACGAGGGCGAACAACGGCGCGUACUACAGCAAUACGAGCAGCAGUCUCAGCUGCAACAGCAGCAUCAGGAGCGAUUGCAAGCAGCGCAAGACGACGAACAGGAACGAGAACGAGAGCAGCAACAACGCAAACAUCAAUCGCCAUUUGUGCAGCAACAUCAUUAUCAACAACAAUAUUUGCGUCCGCAUCGUUAUCACGACGACAAUCAGUCGCAACAGAGACAACAAAAGCAGCAGAAGCAGACAUCGCGACAACAACGCCAACAGGAAAGUUCUGCCGUUGCCACAUCGACAAUUGUCUAUCAACCAUCCUCAUCGCGUUUAAAGCACUCGCCAAGUAGGUUUGCUGACGCUGAACAAGAACAACAACAACAACAACAACAACAACAACAACAGCAGCAGCAGCAGCAGCGACAACAAUACAUUGACAGCCGUGAAAGUACAGUCAACACUGCUGAGGUUGUAGUAGAGAGCAGCAGCGACGAUAACGCAAACGGCGAUCACAAUUCGGCACAGAGUGUAAUUUAUAUUGAAGAUAGUAAUUGCGAUCAGCUUCAGGAUCAGCGCCAGCCGCUGAAAGAGAGCAACGGCGGCGAUAAUUGUGGCGUCAGCAGCAAAUUUGUGAAUAACCUAAACGAGACAAGUGUUGUUACUUCGACGAAGAAGCAGCAGCAGCAAGCGUCAACGAUACGCUAUUCAUCCUCAUCCUCCUCCGCAGCGGCAGCAGCAGCGUCGAGUAAAUAUCAACAGCAGCAGCAGCAACGUCAGCUGCAGAAGUUAUCGAGCAAACGCAAGCGCGAGAAAGAGUGUAAUUGCGGUUGCCUUGAUUCCUACACAUCGUCCUCCUCGUACAUUGCCUCAGGCUCUACAACUCGCUGUCAAAGCACUAGUAACGAAGCUGCCGGAGUUGGUGUUAUAAGUAGUACAACCGCAGUAGCAGCGUCAGCAGCAUCUGCUUCAGCGCAAACGGCAUCCACCAAUUCGGCAGCGGUGGCGGCGACGGCGACAGCGACGACGACAACGAAUAACAACAGCCUCAAGACGGCGCACACUAAAGUCGCCACGUCUGGGGGGCACGCCAAUACGCAGCCCCCCAGCAAACGUUCGAGCAGCGGUGCCGAUGGCGAUUAUCAGCUGGUGCAACAUGAAGUUCUCUAUUCGCUCUCCGCUGAGUAUGAGGUACUGGAGUUUCUGGGACGCGGCACGUUCGGUCAAGUGGUUAAGUGCUGGAAGCGUGGCACCUCAGAAAUUGUGGCUAUUAAGAUUUUAAAGAAUCAUCCGUCAUAUGCACGUCAAGGUCAAAUUGAAGUGUCGAUUUUGUCGCGACUCAGUCAGGAAAAUGCAGACGAAUUCAAUUUUGUACGCGCCUUCGAGUGUUUUCAACAUAAAAACCACACAUGUUUGGUAUUUGAAAUGCUUGAGCAGAAUCUUUAUGAUUUCCUGAAGCAAAACAAAUUUUCACCAUUACCUUUGAAAUAUAUCCGGCCCAUAUUGGAGCAGGUUUUAACGGCGUUGCUGAAGCUAAAGCAACUUGGUUUGAUUCAUGCUGACUUGAAGCCGGAAAAUAUAAUGUUGGUAGAUCCUGUCAGACAGCCCUAUAGGGUGAAGGUGAUUGACUUUGGCAGCGCAUCGCACGUUAGCAAAACAGUUUGCAACACCUACUUGCAAUCGCGCUACUAUCGUGCGCCGGAAAUAAUUUUGGGUCUGCCAUUUUGUGAGGCAAUCGAUAUGUGGUCGUUGGGCUGUGUAGUGGCAGAACUGUUCCUGGGUUGGCCCUUAUAUCCGGGCUCGUCUGAGUUCGAUCAAAUAAGGUACAUAUCACAGACACAGGGUCUGCCCACGGAACAUAUGUUGAACAGCGCCUCGAAGACAUCGAAAUUUUUCUAUCGCGACGUCGAUUCGACCUAUCCUUUUUGGCGCUUGAAAACCACAGAAGAGCAUGAAGCAGAGACAAAUACGAAGAGCAAAGAGGCGCGCAAAUAUAUAUUUAAUUGUUUGGAUGACAUCGGACAGGUAAAUGUGCCUACCGAUUUGGAAGGUGGCCAAUUGUUGGCCGAGAAAACCGAUCGGCGUGAGUUCAUUGACCUGCUAAAGCGUAUGCUGACAAUUGACCAAGAGCGUCGUCUUACCCCUGCUGAGGCGUUGAAUCAUUCCUUUGUACGCCUCACCCACCUAGUUGACUAUGUUUAUUGUAACAAUGUAAAGGCAUCGGUGCAAAUGAUGGAAGUGUGCCGUCGUGGCGAUUUCCAUACCGUACAACCAGCCUCUACUUUGGUUACCAAUUUUGUACCCAGCACUACCGAGAAUAUGACGUUUACCAUCAACAAUCAGCUGACCAGUCAAGUGCAGCGUUUGGUGCGUGAACGUCCGCUAGCCUAUGAAGGACUCUACCAAAUCUAUGGCGGUCGCAAUGUCGGACGGCAGUACACUCAACGGCCUGCAGAUGCCUUCCAACAUCAGCUGAAUAUAUUGUGUCCGCCCUCUUAUCAAGCUAUGCCCAGUCCGACCAAGCAUGUUGUUGUUGGUAGCGCUACAAUGCAACCACCAUUGCAAGUUCCUCCACAGCAGUAUGUGAAUGUGCCUGUACCAGUGUCAAUGGUGGAACCGGCUUCCGGCCAACGUAUGUUGCUGACCAAUCGUGUGCAAGCAAGCGGUGUGGCAUGGCCACAAAAUGGACGGCAGAUGGCAUUGGUGCCUUCAUGGCAGCAAGCACCAGCGCAUUCGUUGAUUGUUGAUUCAGCGCCAUUUUUGAACGUUGAGGAAAUUUAUCCGAAACACCAUUUGAAUAUACCAAGAAAUGAUCUCAAGAAGGAGUCGCCAGUGCAGCAUUUAGUUACGAAGAGCAACUCGUAUCGUGUGCCGCGCCAUGACAAAAAGGAGAACAAUCAACUGUCGCCUGUUAAGAAGCGUGUAAAGGAGAGCUCUCCACCACAUCAGCAGCGUUAUAAUCGCGCUUCGCAUGUUUCUCCGCAAUACCAUAGCCAUCAUAAUUGCAACUAUGGUAGCAGUUAUAAUAGUAACGCUGGACCGGUUAUCACUUCAGCUUCGUCCAGUAAUAUUGUCAGUCAGAGCAACAGCAAUGGUGGUGGGCACCAUCAUCAUAGCAGCAACUCGGCCAAUCAACAACAUGUUAUUAGCAGCAGCAGCGGCAGUAAUGGCGGGGGUAAUGCUGGCGGCUACAGCAAUAGCAAUCAUCACAUUAUCAACAAUUGUAGCAGCAACAAUAGCGUUAGUGGUGGCAAUUAUCAUCAUCAAACUCACCACUCGCAACAACAUCAGCCGGUACAGCCAUCGGUGCCACACUCGCAUCAGCAUCAUGGUGCUAUUGUAAAGCAACAGACGAUUACUAUUCACGAUACGCCAUCGCCCUCGGCUGUCAUAACGAUUUCCGAUAGCGAAGAUGAGGGGAAUGAGCCACCGGCUCCAGCACCCGUUGCGCCCGUAAUGAAGCAACGCGCACAUGCUCAGUCGCAGACCAAUCCGGCUUUAUUGCAACAUUCUUCAUCGUCUUCGUCUUGCCGCGCCAAUGGUCAUCAGCACCAGGUGCAAUCACAGCAACAAC